AUGCAUAUCGAAUCCUUACCCAACGAGUUUUUUACUGACUUUUUCGGAUACUUAUCUACUACGCAUGUCUUUCAAGCAUUCCGUGGACUCGAUGUUCGAUUUAACUUUCUUUUUCAUAAUUUCCGAGUGUCAGGAUUUGAUUUUCAAGCAACAUCUCAAUCUAAUUUUGAUACUAUUUGUCAAAUAUAUAUUUCACAAACAAUCGAUCAAUUGCUUCCAUUCGUUUCAAUGUUGACUGAACGAGCUCCUGGAGUAGUCGAUCGAUUUCUCACUCAUGCUUCUUUACUCAAUCGAUUCACCUAUUCACAACCACUUUCAGUGUGUAAUCGUCGUUCGGGUGCAUUAGCUAUACAGUUAAUAGAUGAUUUUCAAGAUUUGCCAAACUUUAUGCAGCUUACUGUUAAACCAUUUUUCUUACUAAAAGAACUCAUUUCGUUGCUUGUCUAUUUGUUAGCAGCGUUUGGCGCUUUAAAAAGUUUAAAUACUGCUACUUAUCGAUUAAACCUGUAA